AUGCCAAUCGAACCAAUAACAAUCCCACUCUCACCCCGUACUCCCUCAGCACUACUAUCCUCUCUGAUCCUCUCACCUCGACCUCAAGAGGGUAUAAGCGGAACGAUCAUCCCUCAAUCGUUGAUGGAGAUAUUAUCUCCUAUAUUACCUUCUUCGUCCUUUCCCUCUGGUUUUGAUUUUGGUGGUACUUCACCUUCCAAUCAAGAUGGUGCUGGUAGGGGGAUUGACUUACCUGAUUUUCCAUUACCUCCUUCUCCUUCACUUUCUUGCUCACAUGCGAUAAGAGGAGGAGGGAGAAGGAGAGGGGUAGCAGACCAAUAUCGAUCAUUAACUUUCCAGGAAUCGAAACAACUUGCUGAGAUCUUGGUUUCCACUUUCAAACCCCACAAAAAAAACCCAAAGGAAUUAAUGCGAGUUUCGAUAGAUCUGGCGUCGAGAUUGGAUGAUUGUGGGAUAAAAUGGGAUAAGCAAAGAAAAGUCAUGGGUAUUCAUUUGAGGGGUUUGUUUGAGAUGGGUAUGAAGAUGAGAGAUGGUGAAGGAAUGGAUAUGUACGUCCAAGGGUCUUUCGUGACUACAGCCGAGACACCCCAUCCAAUAGAAUCCAAUCCACUACCUAUUCCUCUCGCUCAACCUGCUCAAAAUCAGCCUGGUUGUUCAAUGACCAAACAUACUAUCCAAGCAGGUCUGUUAUCGGCUUUACCAAUCAACAUCGAUUCGUCAUCUCCCUCUCGAAGCACAGCGGGACAUCGACAGACUCAAUCGAUUACUUCAAUCAAGUCGAUUCUCGCUCGACCUAGUAGUGGCAUCUCCACUUUGAAUGCACCGGGUCAACCUCAAAGUAUACUAAGUCCAUCAAAACAUCGCAGAGUUACCAGUCUGACUCUCAACCAUGACACCACCUUUGGACCCGCUAUGAGAUCACCUACACUCGUAAUGCCCUCGGUACCGGCAUCCUCCUUCGGUCAGAUCCGACCGGGAUUCGAACUUCACGAAGGUCUACGAGCCGAUGCCAAAUUGUUAGAAAGGGAGAGGAAGAUUCAAAAAUGGAGAGAGAGGAAGAAGAGGGUAGGUUUGAGGAUAAGGGUUGACAAUCAUAAAUCUCAUCAACCAUUAACUGCAACUCGAUCUGCUAUGUCCCACCGAUCAGCCUAUUCAGCCUAUUCAGCAAGAACACCUCGAACCCGAAUAGGUUAUAAGGCAUUCACACCUGUUGGUGCAGCUCUUACAGCUCGUACACCACAUACACCUCAUACAAGGAGGAGAGGUACUCCAUAUACCGCUGCCGGUCGAAGGGUUACACCAAGGUAUCCUCGAGAAUUCACACCUCGACGUGGAAAUGGUACGCCCCGGUAUCCCACCUUCCGUCAAUUACAAGGCGAAGUACCUCAUCAAACAGGAAGAUUCCAGACGAAUUUAAUCCAGCAUCAACCAUACUCUGCCAUAUCAUUUAGGAUUCCCAGUCCGCCACUAAGUGGGAUGAUCAAAUCUGCUCAUUCAGUUACGAGUGCGUACAAAUACCGAAUAAAGAAAAAGUUCGGACUUGGGCUAGGCCUAUCGGUGAAUCUCAACUUGAAAGUUGGUAAGAAGAGUUUCACAUUCGGGAACGGGAAACAGCAAAAGGUGGAAAGACCUAGGAGUGGGAGGAAGAUGGGUUUCGGAGGAUGGGAAUUGAGAUGA